UAUUCCAUUUAAACACAUCACCCGGAACGAUUAAUUAAAAUUUUAAAGCCUGUGAAAUUUUGAAGUCAGCUUCCAUGACUGCCUUCAUCUCUGAUAUCCGAGGUUAAGUUAUUGUAGGUUAUGUUGAACGUCACAAAACAAAAACAUUGGAUUUUAGCUCAGUAAAAUGUCUUUAUUUCCUGCUUACUCCAGUGAAACCCAACAAAAUGAGCCGCCAAAGCAACACGACGAAUGGUUGAACAACUCCAGCUUCCAAGUCGACCCCCAAAUUCUCCACAAACUGGUCAACAAGUCCCCGGAUGACACCAAAAGUAGCUCCGACUCAGAAACUGGCCAACCUAAGGCUAAAAAGCGCAAGAAAAAGGAUCGUAAGCACACGAAAGACAUAGAUAAACCAGUAGAACAACAAGAGCCACAAAAUGUAGAUUUUGUCAUUGACUCAAAGCCCACCAAAGAGUUCCUAACAGUCCAAACCAUUUCCAGGCCUUCAGCCCCUAAAUAUCGCGUUGCACAUUACCUAACGUUAGGUUUUAAGGUCAAAAAGCGCAAACUCAGAAGGUACUACAAGCUAGACUUCGAUAAAACCAAUUCGGAUGAGCAGAAGGUAACCAAAUUGGGUGACUCCAAUGUUUUACAAGAGGAGGAGAACUUGUCCAAGACCACAGCCAGUUACAACAAAUCCCUGGGGGAUAACCCUAACGACAUCAAAAUGUGGAUGGAAUACAUCAAGUUCCAAGACACUUUGUACCAGUUCGAGAAGGUGUACAAAAAGGGGUCAAUGGCAAAAGCUCAGAGAGUGCUAGCUGAGCGUAAACUCUCAAUAAUAGACAAGGCUUUAACCCACAACCCAAACUGCGAGGUAUUCCUUAGGGAAAGACUGAAUGUGGCUGCCAGUUGUUACCCGGCAGACGAACUGCAGGUGCAACUAAAGAACUUAAUCGAAAAGGACCAAGGCAACAUAAUAUUUUGGCAAGGCUACAUAGAGGCAACGCAAUGUUCCAUGUCACACUGCAACACACCAGCCGUACUAAACCUGUACAGCAAAUGCCUGGCCGUGCUGCACAAGCUGAGACGCAGCACCAGUGUAGCCAAACCAGUGCUCGAGGAGAGCAUAUUAAGGAUGUUGUACCAGUGUGGGUUGUUCCUGAAGCAAGCCGGACUGUUCGAGCAACUGUGGACGCUACUAAGAAUGUACCUGGAACUAAACCUAUCACCGGCCAACAAAAACAAGUUCAACAUAGCAUCCACCUUCAACGAACGCCAACUGGUCGACUUGGAGGAGCUGGUUCUGAGCUCCGAGUUGCCUUUGCACGAGCUGUGGCUCCGCACUGAGAAGCUGAGGGAGUCCUGCCACUGGUUGCCGUACACCGAACAGGCUGAGUGUGAGGACCCACAACGAAUAGUGUUCAUGGAGGAUGUCAAUGAGUUGAUACAUCCUAUUACCAUGCCGGAGAACACCUUUAAGAUGAUAGCCACCAUUCUGACGCUGUUAAAAAUACCCUUGCUGCCCUGCAGCCACAUCACAAUGCAGGAGCUUGGCCUGGACUACGUACCCUGGGCUUUGGACUCCAUUGAGUCACUUUUGCCUUUGUACAUGCCCGUGCACAACGUCGCAAUUUUCCAGACGGGCUUCCUGAGCGACCACAGGCUCGCCAACGGGCCUCAGUACUUAAAGGUGUUGCCUGGGCAAGAAGAUUACCUCGAGUUCAUCUUAAGCACCAUGAAAAACUGCUUCGAAUGCCUACAAGGUGUUGACAAAAUUGCUGUCACAGUCUGGUGGAUAAGGUUCCAAAGAUUAUUGGUUAUUUUAAACAACAUUAACUUGUUCAAGAUGACAUCGAACUUAAGGAAAAAAAUUAAGGGCAACCUUAAGAGCUUGCUCAAAGAGGAGGAGAACAGGACCAACAAAGUAUAUUUCUGCGAAUACGCCUUGCUGGAAGGCGACUUGGAGAGUAAAGCUAAGUCAAUUAGUGUCCUCGAGUCAAUAAGGGGUGGCAAAGUUGAGUUCAACUUGGAUAACCCCCCUACAGAUGAAAUAUUCAUACUGCGUAACCUGGUGGAACUGUCAAUGAGGGACGACAAGCAGAAAGCUUUGAGUGUUUUGUGCAGUUUUGUGCUUCAAAGGCAGUUAGACGAAGUCAAUGAGGCCAUAAUUCAGGAAGCAAAAACUAAAUUUAAGUUGGUCACCUUGCAGCUCAUUAACAGGGAGCAUAAUGUUAAGGAACCAGUACAACACUUCCUUCCCAACUUCUUUAUUAACUGGAUAAUUUGCCAAGGGUGGCUUUGGUACUUAACCGGAGGCAUCGUUGAAACUGGCACGUUUCUGGAAGACGUCCUGGAGAAACUCGAGGAAAAGGAUGAAAGUCCGUCUUGGUACAAGGAAACUAUUUAUGAAUUCUAUGUAGCUACUCUCUACAUACAUUAUUUAGAUAAUAAAGGGUCUAUCACUUGUAAAUUACUGGAUGACGUUUUAAUUAGGGCCUUAGAAAGGUACCCCAAUAAUCUGAGCAUGUUGGGUGUCUUAGCUAAACAGCAAAUAACCGCCAACACCUUGGGUUACAAGUGGUGGAAGAUUGAGAGCAUGCUUCUGAAGACUGGCAGGUCGUUCCCCACGUUGAUUGCCAUUUUGGUACCUUUACAAAUUUACACAGUACUUCAGAACAACAUUAUCGACACAAUAACUGGUGAACAUGUUGACAACAGCUUCAACUUCAAAAACAGGAUGUUGUCCCUGUUCAGGAAGGUCACGAAGUCCGACAUGUGCUCAAGAAGGUGUGGAUUAGUUUGGAGAUUAUAUUUACAAUUUGUACAUACAUAUUUAGACCCCAAAUUAUGUCGAAAUGUCUAUUACUGUGCUGUCGAAGAGUGUCCAUGGUUAAAGGCCUUGUAUAUUGAUGCGGCAAUUUAUAUCCCCGCAGAGUUACCCCAAAUUCAAGAUUUGAUCAUUGAGAAACAACUGCGAUUGCACGUUACCCCUGAAGAAUUAGAUGUGCUAAGAACUUAAAUUAUGUUUUAUAAGUUGUAUAUAUUAAUUAAGGAUUAUUUAUUAUAAAAGUUGAAAAUAAAAACUAAAUUGUUAAACAUAACCUCUUUAAUUCCAAAGACUUCUUUUUAAUUUGUGAGGUUAGGUUAGGUAUAUAUAUUUUAUAAAUUGUUUUUUUUAAUUAGGGUAUAAAUAAAUUGUAUUGUUAUGGAAAAACAAUUUAUUAUAACUUGAAAAUAAAAAUUAAAUUAUUAAAUAACAAAUCUUAUUUAAUCCCAGAAGACUUUUCAAUUUGUGAGGUUAGGUUAGGUAUAUAUAAAUUAAUUAAUUAGGGAAUAAAUAAAUUGUAAUGCUAGGAAAAUUUAUUAUAAAAUAAAAAUGGAAUUCUUAAAAGUAAACAAGGCAAUAAUUUUAUGAAA